AUGCCGGCGUUUAACGUGGAGUGCGUAGAAGACGCGCCGAACGCGACGGGACCAAUCAUUGAGGACAUCACAGAGUUCUGCGACUUCUGCGUUGUGCUUAUGGAGUUCAUUCUCGAAGACUCAAAGCCUGGUACGAAGGCACUGCGCACAAUCCUAAGCUCCCCACCCGAGACCAGUUCGGAAUCGUGCCGAUUCUGCGAGAUGAUAUCGAGCGUUCGAGGUUCCACACGGACUGAACUGGUAGAGUCCUAUGAGAAGAAGGACUGGUAUCCGGGAUAUAAUACUGGCGAAGAUUGGGAAGAUCAACGAAGGCACCGGCAGUAUGAAUUCGCUUUCGGUGACGUUGAUUUUGCUGUGUGGGCUGACAAAGCGCAGCAUCUAGACCCUUCUUCGGCCGUCCUCCCAUUCUUGACCCCUCUGUAA